CAACAGUAAACAAUAAGACAAAAGCUCUCUGUGCUCUGCAGGCUGAUCAGACCCACAUCGCUGCUGUCCUCAGUCUCACAGGAACUACAGGACUCUGCUGGACUUUCCAGGACUAUCCAGGACUUUCAGGAUUCUCCGGAACUCUCCAGAACUAUCCAGGACCCUCCAGGAACAUGGACCCAAAGCGUCUCUCCUCGAGCUCUCAGCAGCAGGUUUAUCUGAGAAAAAAGAGGACAAAGAGAGAAUGGAGACCACUGGAGGACCGGAGCUGCACCGACCUGCCCUGGUUCCUGCUCUUCACCGUCUUCUGUGUCGGCAUGGGCAGCAUCUGCGGCUUCACCAUCGUCACCGGCGGCGCCGCUCGCCUUGUUUUCGGAUACGACAGCUAUGGCAACACGUGUGGUCAACGCAACGAGCAGAUCGAAGGCGUCCGACUGAGCGGCCUCGACCACACCGACAGGAAGUUCGUCUUCUUCCUGGAUCCCUGUAACAUUGACAUCGUGCAGAGGAAGAUAAAGUCCAUGGCUCUGUGUGUGUCUCUGUGUCCCAGCGAGGAGCUCAAGACCUACCAGGACCUCAAGAGGUUCGCCAUGCUCAACGGUUCGGAGUUGUGUUCAUACGAGUUAGCAGGUCAUAAAUAUCCCGGUCUACCCGAGAGGUUCUCUAAAUGUCCUAAACUUCCUGUUCCACCCAGUAAGCCGUUGCCAGUGUUUAACCGCUGCACUCCGGUGGACAUUUCCUGCUAUGCGAAGUUUGCGGAGGCAGUGGUGACGUUUGUGAGUGAUAACAGCGUUCUGCACCGACUGAUCGCCGGCGUCGCCGCCAGUAAAGAGAUCAUCAUCGGCCUGUGUGUGCUCGCUCUGGUCCUGUCCAUGAUCCUCAUGGUGAUCAUUCGUUACAUCUCGGCCGUCCUCGUCUGGAUCCUCACCUCGCUGGUCGUCCUCGGAUCCCUUGCGGGGACCAGCGUCCUCUGGUGGCUCUACAUCGACCACCGGCUGUACGGGAACGACACCACACCUAAAGUGAAGGAGGAGGUGAAGGAGGAGGUGAAGGAGGAGGCCAUCAGAGACAGCGGACAGGCGCUGCUCGUCUACGCCGUCGCUGCCACCGUCUUCACCAUCAUCCUGCUGCUGCUGAUGCUCUUCAUGAGGAAACGAGUGGCUCUGACCAUCGCUCUGUUCCACGUUGCGGGAAAAGUCUUCAUCCACCUCCCCCUCCUCACCCUGCAGCCCUUCGUCACCUUCCUCGCCCUCCUGCUCUUCUGGAUGUACUGGAUCCUGGUCCUGCUCUUCCUGGGAACCAGCGGUAACCCAGUCCAGAAUGAGGAGACGGGUCUGACAGAGUUCAGACUGACGGGUCCUUUGCAGUACCUCACCUGGUAUCACGCCGUGGGGCUGGUCUGGAUCACCGAGUUCAUCCUGGCCUGUCAGCAGAUGACUGUGGCUGGAGCUGUGGUCACCUACUACUUCACCAGGGACAAGAACCGGCUCCCGGUGACUCCGAUCCUGUCGUCAGUCCUGCGGCUCGUCAGGUAUCACCUGGGAACUGUCGCUAAGGGAGCCUUCAUCAUCACGCUGGUCAAGAUCCCCCGACUCUUCCUCAUGUACAUCCACAACCAGCUGAAAGGAAAGGAGAACGCGUGCGCUCGCUGUCUGCUGAAAACGUGUAUCUGCUGUCUGUGGUGUUUGGAGAAGUGCCUCAACUAUCUCAAUCAGAAUGCAUAUGCAGCCACAGCCAUCAACAGCACCAGUUUCUGCACGUCUGCACGUGACGCCUUUGUGAUCCUGGUGGAAAACGCUCUGCGCGUCGCCACAAUCAACGCCGUCGGAGACUUCGUGCUCUUCCUGGGGAAGAUCCUGAUCGUGACGUCGACAGCGUUCGCCGGUGUCCUCCUCCUGAACUACCAGCGGGAUUACGCCGAGUGGCUGCUGCCUCUGAUCAUCGUAUGUCUCUUCUCCUUCCUGGUGGCUCACUGCUUCCUGUCCAUCUUUGAGAUCGUGGUGGACGUCCUCUUCCUCUGCUUCGCCAUCGACACCAAGUACAACGACGGCACUCCUGGGAAGGAGUUCUUCAUGGACAAAGCUCUGAUGGAGUUUGUGGAGAGCAGCCGGCGGUUGGAGCGGGCGGUGGAACGUGGGCGGAGCCGGGUGAAGGAGGCGGUAUCAGAGGGAGCGGAGAUGAAGCCUAUGGCUCCGGGGACGAGUUCAGCUUGACCAAAAUCAGCCAAUGGGACUUCUUAAAAAGAAAAGAGACAUUCCAAAUGUUUAUUUUUACCAACGUGUAACAUGUUUACUAUGGUUUCACUCCAGGGAAAACAAUAUUUUAAUAAGAAACUGUAAAAACGUAACAAUGUAAUGAAGCACUUUAUAUUGAAGCGCUGCAGAUUUUAAACCGGCUGAUGCAUUUUUUCGUAGUGAUGUCCUUUUUUAUAAAACGACAGCAUCUCGUCUCUGAACUCAUCGCUCACUCUUCAGUUCACAACACUUUUACAGCCAAGCAACUUUUUCUUUUUUAUAACUGGUUUUGUUGCGGAGACACGACCUGGACUCCAUGUUGGAUCAGGAACGCUGUAAUGUCAUCAGAGGGGCGGAGUCUCUGGACAGGUGGGACCUCUGAUUGGUGGAUGACUGGUGUCAGAGGAUGGGGGGGUCAAAGGUCAGCUGAUCAGGUUUGAUCUGACGGGACGCACUGCGAGCAGGUCGUUCAAUACAUGUGAUUUAUUUGUGAUGAACAACUAAAUAUCCAUCAGAUCAGACUCGAACUGACCAGAGACAGUUUGACAUUCAGUGUCUGUCACUGGUUCAGAAACACCACUGCAGAAACACACACUUGAAAUCUUAAACCAGUAAAACAUCCAUGUGAUGACUGUUAGUCACGUGUCGCCAACGCACGUCUUUUAUAUAAAUGUUCAGCAGCAGGUUGUUUUUAUGACCUCACAGUUGUCUGCUGUCCGUCUGAAUGAUGACAUUUAUCCAGUUAGUAAAUUUAGUAUUUUUACAGACAGCACUGUUUAAAAAGAGCAGAGAUCUCCUCUUCUUUAUGCUGCCUACAUUACCCAUGAUACACCUUUCCCUCUGACUAUGCGCAGCCAGUACAGCCGCAGCAGUUACAGAUAUUUGAUAUUUGUAAUCAGAGUUGAUGAAUCUUUUGCCAAAACAGCAAACCUCCUUGUUUAUGCUGUCAAGUGCUUUCUGAUUGGAUGUUCCCAAUUUACGCAUUAAAAGUUGUGGAUGUAACUUUCACAAAAUUCUUAAUAUUAGUGACGCCUCUCUUUGAGGCCAUUUGGUGAACUGCAGUCAGCAUCCUGUUGCUGGUGCUUUGAUGCUCGUACUCCGUAGCCACGAGCUACCACCUGGUCAUCAACCAAAACGUCAGUCUGUUUCCAUGACGACAGAGAAAACACAUUUACUUGAAAUCCCUGUAAACAUGUCAGUGUGAGUGAAAUGGUCCUGC